AUGAUUUCUAUGGUUUUUCGAGCUUGUUUGUUCAUCCAAGGUCAAUUGAUAGCAGUUGGACAUGCAGAUGAAAAGAGAUUUGCUUCUUCGUAUGCAUGGAAUAAUGCCUUAGUGAUUUUGUUGAAAAAGUGCUUUAUUAUUAAGGUGAAAGAAUAUAAACAAUCUGAAACUACAUUGUUAGAUGUUAUGGAUGAUUCAAGAAUUGAUACUUCUAACUACACAAUGCACCAUAGUAAAAUAUCAGAAAACAGAGUCGGUUAUAUGAUUUUGAAAAACAUGGGUUGGAAAGAAGGUAACGGAUUAGGAAAGAAUAACCAAGGAAUCACAUCACCAAUAGAAACUAUUCAUUUUAAAAAAAGAUUUGGACUGGAUAUGGAAAAUUAUGACACUAAUACUAAUACUAAUAGAACACACUUGAUGGACUUUAAUACACAAGCUAAGAAAUACAUAAUGAGGUUUUUAUAUGGUCCAAAAAAAAGACUUUCAUUUUCAACUGAGUUCUCGAAGGAUGAGCGUAAAAUUAUUCACUCGAUUUGUGUAAACGUUGGCUUAUGGACCAAAACUUAUGAAAAAAAUGGAAACGAGCGGCAACUUACUAUAGUCAAAAAACAAACUCCACGGGAAAUUUUUGAUGAACUCAGUAAUUGCAUCAACUUUGAAAAUGAAUAUUACAUAUUAGUACCGCCACCUUGUGAAUUCAAUAAUUAA